AAAUCUCAGAAACAGGCAGGAAAACUCAGGAAUCAUACAAGCAAACAUGUAACAUAGACAAUAACUGGCAAAUGACCUGGGGUGAACUCAGGACUUAAGAACGCAGGGACUAAUGAGAUAAUUAAUGACACAACAGGUGGAAACAAUGAACUCAUCAAGACACAGACAAAACUAGGUCACAACAAAAACUCAAAACACACAGACAUGUAACACUUCAACAAGACCCCCAUACAAUCAGAUAACACCAAAGUCAAUUUCUUUUUCUGGAAAAGAAACAAAAACAAAAAAAAACUAUUAAGAUAUUCUCCACAGCCAAAGAAUAACCAAAGCAUUGAUGUUUUUGGUCAUGUAUUAAACUCAGAUGUACGUCACAAUAUGGAAGAAAAGAUCUGUCAAUUACCUAGAAUACAUCCUCAUUAAUGUAAAUUAUUAUUAUGCCCAUUAUUAUACCCAUUCAGUUAAUUGUCAUCAAAAAUAAAGGUCCAGUUAGACCUGCUUAGGGUGGUCUUUUGGGUGGACAGAUUCCUCUUGUUGGAUUUUGUAGCUGCUAACAUAGUUGUGUAAUUCCGUACAUGUGGCUGUGUCUGAGGAGAGUUUCAGACUGGAAGUUUAUUUCCUUAUUAAAAGCCAAAUGAAAUCACUUCCCGUGUAAAUUUACCAAUAUUAGGCUAAAAGUAGUCAUCAUUCUUAAGAUCACAACUCAUCGGUGAAGAUGUACGGCAAGACACAGGAGCAAAACAUGGAAUUUGAGGCCUUUUAUGAAAGUGAUGAAGACACUACUGGACCUCGAACACUGAGUUACAUCCAGGCUAAAGGAAAAGCUAUACAGUGCAGAGGAAGUAGAUGUUUGGUGUUGAUCGCAGUGGGUCUCGGGCUCAUAUGUCUUCUUCUGCUGGUCUUCAUCAUACUGCAGAACAUCACCAUCACAGCAGAGAGAGACCUGAUAAACAGUUACAAGAACACAGUUGAAGAGUUCAAUCAAACCAUCAACAGCUUACAGGACAAUUACACUGAUCUAAUGACUGAAAAACACCAACUGCAGAACAACAAGCUGGAGCUGGAGACCAGAGUCAAUGAUCUCACUGCUGAGAAAAGCCAGUUACAGAGAGAUUUUGACUCUCUGGGUCAGAGGAAUCUGGAUUUUGAACACAAAGUCACGACUCUGAGUGAUGAACUGAAGAAGAAUGUUUCUAAAGGAGGAAAUCAGUGUAGUCUAGAUGGCUUGUUCGUUUCCAAAAAGGCGAUGAGCUGGUCUGACAGCAGGAAGUACUGCAGGGAUCGUGGUGGUGAUUUGGUCAUUAUCAACACUGAAGAGAAGCAGAGGCUCAUGUCGUCACUAGUCAGACUCAGUGAGAGAGCGUGGAUUGGUUUGUCUGACAGAGAGAACGAGGGCAAUUUGACAUGGGUGGAUAAUUCAACACUGAAACAAGGGUUUUGGUUUGAAGGUGAGCCGAAUGACGAACAUGGAAAUGAGGACUGUGUUGAAAUUAUGGUUUUUUCUUCCACCCUGAACAACUGGAAUGAUCUCCCAUGUUCAGAGAAGAGAAAAGGGAUUUGUGAGAAAUAAGAUUCAUCUCGUCUUGUUUUGGUUUUGCUUAUAUUAUCUCAUGGAAUUAUUCUUAUUGUGAUUGCAAAAUUUCUGCAAAAUGUACAACAUUUCCAGCAGAUGAUCACUAUUCUCUUAGCUAUAAUAAACAAAUAAAAUAUCUUUACGUUCACUUAUUACGUGAAUUAUGGUUAUGGAACACUAAACCUCUGAUUUGUUCAUGUUUUGCUCCAUCACAAGCAGCUCUAUAUUAAUAUGAUCUUAUUCUACUGUUAUCAUGAGUCUCGUUUGUCCGACUGAAGUGUUGAGGUGACAGUCCCAGUAAACUACAGUGUUCAGAUUGCUGUAACUUACCAUAUUAUUCUGAUAUUGAGUGUUCAUAAAACUGCUUUUGAGUUAAUUUGCUUUCUCUUUGAAUAAAAUUGUAAAUUACCAUAGUAAACUGCUUUUUUAUUUGCAUUGCUCUAUGGCUCUAUUGAGAGGUUUCCUCCAGCCCAGCAGGACGAAGUGAUGCUAAAGUGUUUUUCUACCAAAUUAGAUAUUUACAUGUUUCAAUCUUCUGCAGUAUAUUCAACAAUAAUAUAAUUAUAUAUAUAAAAUAGCUCAAUAGCUCUAUAUUAAUAUGAUCUUAUUCUACUGUUAUCAUGAGUCUCGUUUGUUGCUCUGAAGUGUUGAGAACACAAUCACAGUAAACUACAGAAGUCUAAAGUGUCCAGAUUGCCCUGAUUCACCCUGUUAUGUUUA